AUGACGAAAAGCAGCACACUUUACACUUUUAUUGCUGUAAGAAAUGCCUUUUUAUCCCAAAUUGUCAUUGGGAUCACAGCCAAUGUCUUCCUGCUUCUCUUUCAUAUCCUAACAUACCUUCUACAGCACAGGCCCAAGCCCAUUGAUCUGACCAUCGCUCACCUGGCCCUCAUUCAUCUGCUGAUGCUAAUAAUUAGAGCAUUCCUGGAUAUGGACAUUUUGGAGGUUCAGGACAUUUGGAAUGACAUCACAUGUAAAGCAGUUGUCUACUUGUACAGGUUGAUGAGGAACCUGUCUGUUAGCACCACCUGCCUGCUGAGUGUCCUUCAGGCCAUCACCCUCAGCCCCAGAAGCUCCUUUCUGGCAAAGUUCAAGCUGACAUCUCCACAGCAGAGUCUGUUUUGCUUUCUCAUUCUCUGGGUGUUCAACAUGUUCAUUAAUGUUCGUCACUACUUCAAGACCUUCUUUUCCCUGAUAGGAAUACUCCGGGAUAUUUUCCUCAUUGGGCUCAUGGCCCUUUCAAGUGUGUACAUGGUGACCCUCUUGUGCAGGCAUAAGAGGCAGUGCCAGCACCUUCACAGCACCAUCCUGUCUCCAAGGGCAUCCCCAGAGCUGAGGGCCACCAGGACCAUCCUGCUGCUCAUGGGCCUCUUUGUGGUCAUGAACUUCAUGGACUGCAGUAUCUCCACCUCUGCUGAAGAGCUGCAGAAGAAUGAUCCAGCUCACCUUGGGGUCCAGAUGCUGGUGGGCAAUGGCUAUGCCACCAUCAGUGCAUUCAUGCUAAUCAGCACUGAAAACCGGAUAAUCAAGUUCUUCCAAUCCACAUUGGGAAAGGAGAGGAAAUGUUUAUGCUCCAACGUCUUCCUGCUUCUCUUUCACAUGCUAACACACCUUCUCCAGCACAGGCCCAAGCCCACUGAUUUGACCAUUGCUCACCUGACCCUCAUUCAUCUGCUGAUGCUAAUAAUUAGGGCAUUCCUGGAUAUCAACAUUUUUGGGGUUCAGGAUAUUUGGAAUGACAUCUCAUGUAAUGCAGUUGCCUACUUGUACAGGCUGAUGAGGAGCCUGUCUAUUAGCACCACCUGCCUGCUGAGUGUCCUUCAGGCCAUCACCCUCAGCCCCAGAAGUUCCUUUCUGGCAAAGUUCAAACUGACAUCUCCACAGCAGAAUCUGUGUUGCUUUCUCAUUCUCUGGGUGUUCAACAUGUUCAUUAAUGUUCGUGUUUUAUUCUCCAUGGGAGGCCCCACCAAUGCAACCUCAGGUUUUCCUUUUGCAUCUGAAUCCUGCUCUAUUUCCCCAACAGGUUACUACUUCAAGACCUUAUUUUCCCUCAUGGGAAUAAUUCGGGAUAUUUUCCUUGUAGGUCUCAUGGCCCUUUCAAGUGUGUACAUGGUGACCCUCUUGUGCAGGCAUAAGAGGCAGUGCCAGCACCUUCACAGCACCAUCCUGUCUCCAAGGGCAUCCCCAGAGCUGAGGGCCACCAGGACCAUCCUCCUGCUCAUGGGUUUCUUCGUGGUCAUGUACAUCAUGGACUGCUGUAUCUCUUCUUCUUCUGAAAAGAUGCUGAAUAAAGAUCCGGCCCGCCUUGGAGUCCAGAUGCUGAUGGGCAAUUGCUAUGCCACCAUCAGUGCUUUGAUGUUAAUUAGCACUGAAAAGCGGAUAAUCACGUUCUUCCAAUCCACAUUGGGAAAGAUGCAGAAAUGCUUAUGCCAUUUUGGGUGUCCACUUCAGGACCUUAUUUACCCUGAUAGGAAGUUUACGGGAUACCUUUUUUAUAGGGCUCAUGGCCCUCUCGAGUGGGUACACAGUGACUCUCCUAUGCAGGCACAAGAGGCAGUGCCAGCACCUUCACAGCACCAUCCUGUUUCCAAGGGCAUCCCAAGAGCUGAGGGCCUCCAGGACCAUCCUGCUGCUCAUGGGAUUCUUUGUGGUUAUAAACUUCAUGGACUGCAUUACGUCCUCCUUUUCAGGAAGGAUGCAGAAGAAGGAUCCAGCUCAACUAGUGUUCUGAAUGCUGACGGGCAAUGGCUAUGCCACCAUCAGUCCUUUCAUGCUAAUCAGAAAUGA